UGUGGUGUUGGGCCGGUGUCGCCGGCGACCGGGGAGGAGUUGGGGAGCAGGACCGCCGAGGGACGGCAGGGACGACGGGUUAGCUGCUGCUGUGUCCUCAGCUCCGGUCCCGUCUGCGCUGCCGCAGGGAGGCCGCCCCGGCCCGGCGAGCCGAACCAAUGCUGGAUCUGGAGGUGGUGCCUGAGCGCUCUCUGGGGAACGAGCAAUGGGAAUUCACGCUGGGAAUGCCUCUGGCUCAGGCAGUAGCCAUUCUUCAGAAGCACUGUCGCAUCAUCAAAAAUGUCCAGGUUCUCUACAGUGAACAGUCUCCUCUAAGCCAUGACCUCAUCCUUAACCUGACUCAGGACGGGAUCAAACUACUGUUUGAUGCUUUCAAUCAGAGACUUAAGGUGAUUGAAGUAUAUGACUUGACUAAAGUAAAGUUAAAAUAUUGUGGAGUACAUUUUAACUCUCAGGCCAUAGCUCCCACCAUUGAGCAGAUUGACCAGUCUUUCGGUGCAACCCAUCCUGGAGUAUACAACUCUGCUGAGCAGCUCUUCCACCUCAACUUCAGAGGACUGUCUUUCUCUUUUCAGUUAGACUCGUGGACAGAAGCUCCCAAGUACGAGCCCAAUUUUGCCCAUGGUCUAGCUUCUCUCCAGAUACCCCACGGAGCAACUGUGAAACGAAUGUACAUCUACAGUGGAAACAGCCUUCAGGAUACCAAGGCUCCCGUGAUGCCCCUGAGCUGUUUCCUGGGCAAUGUGUAUGCUGAGAGUGUAGACGUUCUUCGAGAUGGAACUGGACCCUCAGGUUUACGACUUCGCCUACUUGCUGCAGGUUGUGGACCUGGCCUGUUAGCAGAUGCCAAGAUGCGGGUAUUUGAACGUUCAGUGUAUUUUGGUGAUUCUUGCCAAGACGUUCUUAGCAUGCUUGGUUCUCCACACAAAGUCUUCUAUAAAUCAGAAGAUAAGAUGAAAAUUCAUUCUCCUUCCCCCCAUAAACAAGUUCCAUCCAAGUGCAAUGACUACUUUUUUAACUACUUCACUCUUGGAGUGGACAUCCUCUUUGAUGCGAACACUCACAAAGUGAAGAAGUUUGUCCUUCACACCAAUUACCCUGGGCAUUAUAAUUUCAAUAUUUAUCACCGUUGUGAGUUCAAGAUCCCAAUAGCCAUAAAGAAAGAAAAUGCAGAUGGUCAGACAGAAACAUGCACAACCUAUAGCAAGUGGGACAGCAUCCAGGAGCUCCUGGGUCACCCUGUGGAGAAGCCUGUUGUCCUUCACAGGUCCUCCUCCCCAAACAACACCAAUCCAUUUGGCUCCACAUUCUGCUUUGGUCUUCAGCGGAUGAUCUUUGAGCCUGCUGGUGCCAACAGGGGACACAGACUGCAAAGAGAAGCACAAACUCUGAGCCUUGAUACCUGAACCCAGGAGCUUUUGGCUAACACUUAUGGAGGCAGGGUUCUGUCUCCUCUAUCCCACACAUAUUGGAAAACUUGGGACUCUGUGGCUGAGGACGCAGGCACCCAGGACGAGGACAAGGCCCUGCAUUUGGCCCAACAUUGCCACAUGACCCUUAAGGCAAGCAGGUAGCACAUCCAUAGGACUUGGUUGCAACUUUUGCACUACAUCCACUUUAGUUACUUGGUGAGCUGGCUGUUGCCAAGGUGGCCCACCUGCCCUUCCUUGUUCCUUUCUUGCACGCGAUCCCUGCCAGGCCCAGUAGGCACACCCAACUGGUUGAAACACAGCUUUCUUCCAUCCAGGUACGUGCCCAGGCCUGGUUCCCAUCCUUCUUGGAGCCAGCCUUCAACGUUGCCUCUGCCCCGCUAUGCCCCAGCCUGGCUGGCAGGGCUGCAUGUUUCCAUCCUUUCUGCCUCUUUUAUUUAAUGCCAAAGUUUUAGCCAAAGACAUCUUCCUCCUUUGUUGUGUUUCAGCAUUCUGUUCUGCACUGUGGGCUGGCUCCCCUGCCCCAAUCCUGGGCAGUGUCCCCUGGCUGGGCCCGUUCAUGGCUCAAGGCUUCUGGGGACUCAAGGAGGGCUGAGCUGUUCAGCCUCUUCAUGGGUCUUGCUAAGGAAAGUAGCAUAUGUGCUUUAAAAAUAUUAACCUUUUGAAAAGAAUUGAGAAGAGAAAUGUAUAAUUUUAUCCCAUUUUUAAUAUUUUGGUCUAGCAACUUGUGAUACAUAGAUGACAAUUUUGUGAGUUUUUCAAAUGUGUGUACAGAUUUUUGUAAAUAUGACUUUUGUAAUUAACUCAUGUACAGCCUCAUCCUGUAUAGUUUAACGAUGAAUGUGCAGGGGACCUGCCCCAGGUUCCUAUAUGAUUCCUGGGCCUACAUCCAGGCUUGUGUGGCGUUCUCAUGACUUUGUGACUGACUGGUGUCUUCCCCUUUGGACUGUAGCCUGGCCAGAGACACCACCCCCACCCCCACUCCACAUAUCCCCACUAUUGGGUCAGCCAGGACUGAUCUCAUCCUCCUGGAAUGGGGGAACCUUCCUCAUGUCCUGCCCACACCUCUCCAAUAAAGACCUAUGCCCUCAGCAAUGGCUCACCACGUGCUGUUGCUGGGAUGUUUGUACUAAAAUAA